GACCGACAGCACGACAGUUUCAGGCGGCCUCAACGUCGUCCAGGCCCCUUUCUUCUGUAUUCACUACUCGCAGAAGCACAUGAAAGAUCGGACCAUCACUGCACGAACCGAUCAUAUUGUCCGGUGUGACCGAAUGCAAGCGCUUUAAUAUCUGCCACGCCAUGUCAAAGAGAAACACCCUCGAAUUUGACCGCUCGCAGCCUGCCUUCCUGCAGCGACUGCGCUUGGAGGUUAGCGGCCAGGUCAAUGACCAGCAAUGCCGUGCCGAUCAGACUGCUCGCCCUCAAAGGCCCAAACGGCUCGAUGCCGAUGAAGACGACGGGCCAACUUAUGUUAUGGAAGACACAAAUGAGAGUUUAACCAAGGCUGAGUACGAAGCUCUGGUCAGGAAUGGCGCUGACUCAUCCGUCGGCGCCAUCGACGCGUCAAAUCCAAUCUCAAGUUCAAAUUCGGGCGAAGCUCCGGAAAAGCCGAAGUCAACGCAGAAUGUCGCUGCCAUCGGCGCAACUAAGAAACGAAAGGCUGCUAGGAUCAUCGGCGCUGACCGGCUGGACGAAGACGCAGAGGUACCAAAUGGAGACGUUCAAAGGCAGUCUUCAUCCGCCAUGAGGGCGCCAACUGAUGAGAAAGCUAAGCCUGUCGACAAGAAAUCGGCACCUCCAAAAAAGAAGAAGGCAAAGGUCAAUAUCAAUUUUGGCGACGACGAUGACGACGGCACUUGAUCGACAAUGCUAGCUUUCAUAUAGCCGUGUUUUCUUGCCUAACAACCAGUCCUGGACAGCAUCGCCGCGGAGGCGAGGCUAGACUGACCGAGCCCUACAAUCACCGUGGCGUGACGUGAGAAAUGGCAAGACGUCAAAUUUACGACCACAGAGUGAAGCAGCACGAUUGCUGCCUCCUUCAAAAAAAGAUGGCCAGCAUUUGGCGUCGUCAUUUGCCGUAAAAUGACGAUGCAGCAAAGCUGGCGCGGCGCUUGGUUGGCACUUUACCAUCUAACAAACCUUAACGAUGGGUUGUCCUAGAUGGCGCGUUUCUUGAAGGAAGCGCUUCCACUGUUCAUCAUCUUUUUUCUCUUCCAUUUACUUAUUUGGUUGAGGACAAAUCCCUCUUUUCACGAGCAAGCGGAAAUCUACCACUGCUUAGCCAAAAGCAACCUUUGGAACAGUGACGGGUUGCAGAAUAAAGGUCGGAGAAAGCUGCUCUGAAUCCCCACGCCAGUACAUAAUGCGUCUUUGACUUGCUGUCCACGUUGACAAGCGGUAUUCUAGUUACGCGUACGUGGCAAAUUUCACUGGUCGCGAACAGCGUGGGACAUGUUUUUCCCAUCUGUAGAAAAACCAGCAAGUAUGUGAGAGCUGAGAUUUGACAACACGUGCCCGGGCAAGUUAUUGAAAGUCCGCGCGUAUUGAACGGUGUAAUGUCAAAUUUCAAUCCAGUCAACGUGUGCUGGGGAAGGACUUUGGUUUAUAUACAGAUCCUGCAACACUGAGUGCAUCUACAA